UCCAAUCCACCUUUAAUUUCCCAUGACUCCCCGCGUCCUCAAGCCCCGCCCCCAGUUCCCCAGCCCCGCCCCGAAGUUUGAGGGGUGUGGACGGUUUGUGACCCCCUUAUCCGACCCUACCCCUCACGGGCAGGGAGAGCUGGGCUUGGCACGGCGGUUGGGACCAGGCAGCCCUUCAGUUCGAGUGGGCUUAUGGACCCCCGUCCAACGCCGCGGGAAUAGGACCAUCCAAACGCGGAACUUUCGCCUCAGAAAAAGCAGGGUGCGGGACCCCUCCUCACCGCUUGGUCUGAGUACGGUCAGGGUAGAUCACAGGCUGAGGACAGAGUAAAGACCUCUGAGGCCGGACACCUGGGGUCCUGCCGGGCCCCUCCCUACGAGAGUUUCCUGUGUCUGUGCCAGUCGUUUUCAUCUUUCUUCGCCGCAGUUUCCUUUUCUGUAAAUCAUGGUUAAUGACAUUAACCUCCUUACCAUCAGGGGUUAGUUGUGGGUGUGAUAAAUAAUUGCUACCAUUUAUUGAGCAAUUGCAAUUUGCAAUGUGCCAGGCACUGUGCUAAGUAUUUUGCUUCGAUGAUUUCACGUCAUCUUCAAAACAACCUCAUGAGGGCUGGGUCAGUUAGAACCUAAACAAACUAGAGACCUGGUUACAACCCUCAGGCUCUGCUGAUGCUAUCCCCCUUUGUUCCUGCAGCGUGGACCCUGUCAGCAGCCAGGCCAUGGAGCUCUCUGAUGUCACCCUCAUUGAGGGUGUGGGUAAUGAGGUGAUGGUGGUGGCAGGUGUGGUGGUGCUGAUUCUAGCCUUGGUCCUAGCUUGGCUCUCUACCUACGUAGCAGACAGCGGUAGCAACCAGCUACUGGGCACUAUUGUGUCAGCAGGCGAUACAUCUGUCCUCCACCUGGGGCAUGUGGACCACCUGGUGGCAGGCCAAGGCAACCCUGAACCAACUGAACUCCCCCAUCCAUCAGAGGGUAAUGACGAGAAGGCUGAAGAGGCUGGCGAAGGUGGGGGAGACUCCACAGGGGAAGCUGGAGCUGGGGGUGGUAUUGAGCCCAGCCUUGAGCAUCUCCUUGACAUCCAAGGCCUGCCCAAAAGACAAGCAGGUGCAGACAGCAGCAGUCCAGAGGUCCCCCUGAGAUCUGAGGAUAGCACCUGCCUCCCUCCCAGCCCCGGCCUCAUCACUGUGCGGCUCAAAUUCCUCAAUGAUACCGAGGAGCUGGCUGUGGCCAGGCCAGAGGAUACCGUGGGUGCCCUGAAGAGCAAAUACUUCCCUGGACAAGAAAGCCAGAUGAAAUUGAUCUACCAGGGCCGCCUGCUACAGGACCCAGCCCGCACACUGCGUUCUCUGAACAUUACUGACAACUGUGUGAUUCACUGCCACCGCUCACCCCCAGGGUCAGCUGUUCCAGGCCCCUCAGCCUCCUUGGCCUCCUCGGCCACUGAGCCACCCAGCCUCGGUGUCAAUGUGGGCAGCCUCAUGGUGCCUGUGUUUGUGGUGCUGUUGGGUGUGGUCUGGUACUUCCGAAUCAAUUACCGCCAGUUCUUCACAGCGCCUGCCACUGUCUCCCUGGUGGGAGUCACGGUCUUCUUCAGCUUCCUAGUAUUUGGGAUGUAUGGACGAUAAGGACAUAGGGAGAAAAUGAAAGGCAUGGUCUUCCUCCUU